AUGAGCAAGGUGGGCUCGUCGCUCUACAGUCGCCUCCAUGGAAUCUUUAAAGAAACUCCAAUCGCCACCAUUAAGCCCACAAAACCCAGAAACCAAUCCAAAUCCAAAAAGUUCAUUAGUAAAUCGAAGGAAUCCACAGCUUCUUCUGCUUCCGCCUCUGAAGGAGACGUAGUGAAGUCCUCGAAUGACGCCAAGGAAGCAAAAGGUGCGAAAUUGACUAAGAAAUUAGAGAAAUUCAAGAGAUCCUGCGAGUCAGAGAGUUUCCGGCAAGUCCAUGGACUCUACAGUGCGUUUAUCCGCCGCCUCAGGGAAGCUAAGAAGUUCUCGAUGAUCGACGAAGUUCUUCAGCACCAGAAGAAGUUUGAUGACAUAAAAUCUGAGGAUUUCGUUAUCCGUAUCAUGCUUCUUUAUGGGUACUCAGGAAUGGCGGAUCAUGCCCACAAGCUGUUCGACGAAAUGCCUGAGCUAAACUGUGAACGCACUGUUAAGUCGUUCAAUGCGCUCCYAUCGGCUUAUGUGAAUUCGAGGAAGCUUGAUGAGGCCAUGAAGGCCUUCAAGGAGUUGCCAGAGAAGCUAGGUAUUACUCCUGAUCUUGUCACUUAUAAUACCAUGAUUAAGGCACUUUGUCGGAAAGGCUCUAUGGAUGAUAUAUUGUCCAUCUUUGAGGAGCUUGAGACGAAUGGGUUUGAGCCUGAUUUGAUCACUUUCAACACACUGUUAGAAGAGUUCUAUAGGAGGGAUUUGUUUGCUGAAGGAGAUAGGAUUUGGGAUUUGAUGAAAUCUAAGAAUCUUGUUCCCAACAUUAGGAGUUAUAACUCAAGAAUGAGAGGUCUGACUCGGACCAAGAAGUUUACUGAUGCAAUUAACUUGAUGGAUGUUAUGAAUACCGAAGGGGUUUCUCCAGAUGUUCAUACUUACAAUGCUUUCAUCACGGUUUACCGCGGUGAUAACAACCUCGAGGAGGCUCUGAAAUGGUACACUGAGAUGAAGGAGAAAGGUCUGACUCCUGAUUCAGUGACUUACUGUUUGUUAAUCCCUCUUAUCUGCAAGAAAGGUAAUCUUGAUAUAGCAGUUGAGAUAUCCGAAGAAGCCAUCAAACACAAGGUCCUGUCUCGCCCGAACAUGUAUAAACCCGUGAUCGAGCGUUUGAUGGGUGAUGGCAAGAUUGAUAAAGCAACUGAGCUAGUGAAGAAUGGCAAGUUACAGAGUUACUUUCGCUACUUACCAGACUUGUCCACCGGUAAGAAGAAGACCUCUUCGAGUCCGGUCGAGGCAUGCUUGUUGGACGAUUAA